AUUCUCAAUACUACGAAAAUGAUUCCAGCAAUGCCCUGAGAUGGAUUUAUACACAAACAACCUGUCUGUCUUCUUGCCCUGUCCUUCGUAGAAAGAACCGUCAAGUCGUUCAAUUUUCUUCCCUUGUUUUCUUUUUUGCUUUUAGCAAGCAUGCACAUCCUUCACUCUCUAUCGGCGUUCCUGGCCCUGGCUUCAUUGGCCUGCGCCGCCCACACGUCCAACUGGGCAGUGUUGGUCUCGACGUCUCGGUUCUGGUUCAAUUACCGUCAUCUGGCGAACACUCUGUCUCUCUACCGCACCGUCAAACGACUCGGAAUCCCCGAUUCUCAAAUCCUCCUUCUCCUUCCCGAUGACAUGGCCUGCAACCCCCGCAACGCCUUCUCGGGCACCGUGUACUCGAACGCCGACCGACGGAUGGACCUCUACGGCGAGAACGUCGAGGUGGACUACCGUGGCUACGAGGUCACGGUGGAAAACUUCAUCCGCCUCCUGACGGAUCGGUGGGAAGAAGGCGUCCCGGCGAGCAAGAGACUACAGACGGACGAAGGAAGCAACAUCCUCAUCUACAUGACCGGCCACGGCGGCAGCGAGUUCCUCAAGUUUCAGGACAGCGAGGAGAUUUCGAGCUGGGACCUGGCGGAUGCGUUCUCGCAGAUGAGGGAGAAGAAGAGGUACAACGAGAUGCUCUUCAUGAUCGACACGUGCCAGGCCAACACGUUAUACCGACAGUUUUACGCCCCCGGGGUCAUCGCCACGGGGUCUUCCGAGGAAGACGAGAGUUCGUACUCGCAUCACGCCGACAACGACGUGGGUGUCGCGGUGAUUGACCGUUGGACGUACUACGUUUUGGAAUUCCUCGAGACACAAGUGACGGGUCCGACGUCCGACAAGACGCUCGGUGAUCUCUUUGACAGCUACGAUAUCGGAAAGAUCCACUCGAACCCGGGAGUGAGAUGGGACUUGUUCCCUGGUGGUGAACAAGCGGGGAGAAGCCGGAGGGUGGUUGAUUUCUUCGGCAACGUUCAGAGUGUCGAGGUUCAAGGAAACAAGACGGGUCUGGAUUCGCUCAAAGAGGACCUUGAGGGCUUGAAACGUCUGGUUCACGAAUACGAGACCUUCGCAACGGCGCAAGAAAGCAACCAGACCGAAAUGUCAGAUGUCAUGCAACGAAGAACUCGGGAGGCGACCUCGAGCAAGAAACUACCCAAGAUGCAACAACAAAGUAUUGGAAAAUUGAAGCUGUCGGAAAAUGCGCAAUGGACUCGGAAAGUAGGGGGCGCCACCGUUCUUUCUGGACUGGCGGCAUUGUGGUAUUUUGCGCCAAAGCUGAUGUGAAGUUGCAGAUACAUUUUACUAUCUGCAAACCUUGGUGAUUUCCAACUCGGCACAAUGCGGGAUGAUGAAAACCGCAGAACGCCUUCGUUCACAAGUAUGGAACAGGCUUGUUCUUCUCCGUCCACUCCUUCUCGGCGUCUGAGAAAGACGUAGGUGGAUCCAUGCCUUGCACACGCCAUAAAUCGCGCGGAGUUUCAUAAAUGUGCAACUCCCAAUCCAGUUCGUUGCGGUCGAUGAUGGAGGUUUUCAGAGUCUAUUUGACAGGGGGAAAAAGAAAGUCAAUCAUCAGCAAUCGGGAACUAACUGUCGACAAAUCACGACGGCGGGUAAUUGUCGAGAUCUGAGACGCGCGAGCAGCAUAGAGCUUACAUCAUUGAUCAUGUCCAUCCAGGCUCUUCUUCGCUUCUGUCCUUCCUCGGUGUCUGGCGAAGCCAUGGUCCUGGCGAUUUGUUCGACGACGAUCCUGACAAAGUUGGACUUCGGCUCGCCACCUACAAAGGUGGCUUUCUCGUCGACGUCUAUGAAGAUGACGUUGACGUAGAACGCGGGCAGACCACGAGACAUGUACAGGUCCGUGACCUUUUGGGCGAGGGUACGACGUUGGUCGAGUGUGAAUGUUUGAGGGUGGGAAAAGAUUCUCCAGAGAGGCAUUUUGAUCUGUCUUGGGAGAGAUGUCGGUUUUACCUUGCGAGAGUGUUGGUGUCAAGUGGUUGGGCGAACUUGGAUAGGUGACAGAGAUUGAGAUGGGCAAAAUAUGCUUUGGGCGUUGGUUGAGGUCGGAAGGGAAGGACUUGUGGCUUUAAAUACUACGAGGAGGUAGUCAUCACCUGGGCUGGACACUGUGGUUUUGCCUCUAAUGAGUACUCGUACGUAUAGUAGACAUUUCGCCUUUGGGAUGAGAUCAGAUCAGAGGAAUCAAAGGGUCAGAUAUGACAGGCACUACGGCGAUACGUUGUAUGCAAGGGUCCAGUGGUUUGUCUUACUACGGAGUUACUGG